AUGCCUUCAAUCCUCCAGGCCUCAAACGCCCUCCACUAUGGAGCUGGCCUCGCCGCUACCAUCUUCUACGGCUCCUAUACUAUCGCCAAUCUUGGACGCGAAAAGCCUAGCAAAUCUUCUUCAGCUCGUCUCUACGAUCGCUUAGCAGGGGGACUGAUUAUUCUCGGCUAUGCUGGAGAGGGUAUUGUCACAAUUCUUCAAAGAACUGGCUUAAGCAAAGAAGCACCGACGAUCCAUCUGGUUCUCCUGAUCACUGUGUGGUCGCUCAUUUGGAUGCAAAGAAAUGCCCUUCAACGUCUAAUUCUCGGAACAUCCCUCAUCACACUCGCAUUUGAGAUUCCAUUACUGGUGUUCACUGCCCUUGGCAACCUGGAUACUACACUCUCCGAGGCACGACUGGCCUCCCAAUCAUUCAGAAUUAUUCCUCUCUUAUUCCUCACCAUCUACUAUCUCACUCAUCGCGGAGAUGACCUCAACGAACUUUUUGACGAUGAUGAAGAAUCAGAGCCUUUUCUCACCGCCAGUGGCAACAGCGAUUGCCCAAGCUACGGAACUCACCCCAACAGAGACUCUGAAUACGACAGCGAUCAAUUCUCUGUAGGCAGCGAAGAGGAUGAUGACGUUAUCGACAUCAAACGCGAGCGCGCAAAGCGACUCAAGGAAAAGGGCGGCUGGUGGGGAUACAUCUCUGACUUUUCCCUUUUCCUCCCCUUCUUGAUUCCCAAAAAGGAUCGCAAGGUCCAACUUUGCAUCGUCAUCUGCCUUCUCUGCAUCAUCGCUACUCGAGCCUUCAACGUUCUGAUCCCCCGUCAACUCGGUGUCGUGGCAGAUCGACUACUCGCCAAGCAAAACCCCUUCAAGGCUCUCUUCGUCUGGCUCAUCUUGAGCAUUCUAGGUCAUGAUUGUGUGAUCGGAUUGGUCGAAGGUCUUUGCAAGAUCCCCAUCAAGCAGUUCUCCUACCGCAGUCUCGCCAAUGCCGCCUUCAACCACGUCUUGUCUCUACCUAUGGAGUUCCAUUCCGAGCGCGACUCCGCCGAGGUCAUGAAGGCCAUCGAACAAGGCGAAGCCCUGACAAAUGUCCUUGACACACUUGUCAUUGAACUCCUUCCCACUUUUGUCGACUUGAUGAUCGCUUUCAUCUUCCUGUACUGGAAGUUCAACAGCUAUGUCGCUCUCGCCAUGGCUUUCGCCGCUACUAUGUUCAUCACGUUGGAAGUCUACGCUACCAGCUGGAACUUGGAUAACCGACGAGAGUCUUCCAAGUCCAAGCGAGAGGAAACUCGUGUCAUGCACCAGGCUGUUCAGGGCUGGCAGACCGUUACUUACUUCAACAUGUUCAACUUCGAGAAGCAUCGGUUUGGAGGUGCUGUUGAUAAGUCACUGUCUGCUGCCAGAAAUUGGGAGAAACGAGAUGCUUGCAUCCAGGCCUUGCUUGAUGGUAUUGUGCCCUGCACAUUCUUCACCCUGGCCACUCUUGUUAUCUGGGACAUCUACUCAGGAGGAUCCACCCCUGGUGACUUUGUCUUCUUCAUUCAGUACUGGGAGUACUUGAUCUGGCCCCUCAAGUUCCUGUCUCACCAAUACCGUUAUCUCAUGUCUGAUCUGGUCGAUGCCGAGCGUCUUCUCUUCCUUCUCCAAACAAAACCUAGCAUCACUGAUAAGGAGGGUGCUUUGGAACUCGAGAAGGUUCAGGGCCGUGUUGAGUUCAAGAAUGUCAACUUCUCCUACGAUCCGCGUAAAAGCACCGUUCAGAACCUUUCGCUCGCAGUCGAGCAGGGACAGACCGUCGCCUUGGUUGGCGAGACUGGUGCUGGCAAGUCAUCUAUCAUGAAGCUCCUCCUCCGAUUCUACGAUAUCAACACUGGUUCCAUUACUAUCGACGACCACGACAUUCGCGACAUCACCCUCAGCUCCUUGAGAACCGUCCUUGGUGUUGUACCUCAAGACCCUCUCCUCUUCAACGCCUCAGUCAUGGAGAACAUGCGUUACGCCCGACCUACCGCCACCGACGAGGAGAUUUACGAUGCUUGCCGCAAGGCCGCCAUCCACGACAAGAUCCUCAGCAUGGUCGACGGAUACAACACCGAAGUCGGUGAGCAAGGCGUCAAGCUAUCCGGUGGUGAGAUCCAGCGACUAGCAAUAGCUCGAGUCUUCUUGAAGAACCCUGCUAUUCUCAUCUUCGACGAGGCAACAAGUGCAGUUGACACAAACACCGAGUCCUUCAUUCAGGGCGCACUUGACGAGCUCAAGCGCGACAGAUCGACUUUCAUCAUUGCGCAUCGACUAUCCACUGUUGUCAAUGCGGAUAAGAUCCUUGUUAUUCAUGAUGGACAGGUCGUUGAGUCGGGUACUCAUGCCGAAUUGAUCUCAAUAGACGGAAGAUAUAGACAAUUGUGGAUCAAGCAGGUUGGAGGUAAAUAG